AUGGGCAUCAUACACAUCGUUACUGAGUCUCCUUCACCCGGCAACUGCAAGUGCGGCGGCGCUGGUUGGGCCGUGGGCAUGGACGACGACGCGUCCGCCUCCGAGGCGCCGCGAGGAGAGCUGGCCCACGCCUCGGUCGCCGUCGUCACCUUUGUCGUCGGCGUGGCGGCGGUCUGGCGCGCGGAGAGCGCUGCGAGAGCGGUACGCGCGGCGGAGGCGAUGACCGACAUGUGGGCCACCUUUGACUCGCUGCGAGAGCGAGGCGUGUGCAAGGCGGCGCCCGUGGAGCCAGACUCCUCCUCCUCCGUCCAGUUCUCGCGCUCGGUGUCCUUCGACGGCAGCAUCGCGCGGAGGUAG